CCUCGUAACUCGCACCAUUUAUUGUUCAAAUAAUCAAUAUGUGGAAACAGGCGAUCUUGUAUAUAACAAAAUCAAAGAAGGAAGUACGUACAUAAACAACUAUGGAGAAGAAUACCUUCAGCUUUAAUGUUACAAUAUCCCUCUUGAUUCUAAACUAUUACUGGGUUUGUACGGCCGGCAAUGGUGCCUAUUUGAGCACAGAUCAACAUGCUCUCGAAGCAAUCAGAGCUCAAAUCACUGUCGACCAUUCUGGUGUUUUAUCAAAAAACUGGACUUCAGAUACCUCCUUUUGUACAUGGUCAGGCGUCUCAUGUGGUGUUCAGGUUCAAACUCAAAGGGUUAUUGCUUUGCGUCUUUCUAGCAUGGGUCUUGUUGGAAAAAUCUCUCCAUAUAUUGGCAAUCUUUCCUUUCUCAUCUUGAUUGAUCUCACCAACAACAGUUUCCAUGGCUCUAUACCUUUUGAGAUCAAGAAGUUGCAUCAUCUGGAAAAAGUGUACAUGGGACGCAACGAUCUCACAGGAAACUUACCACUAUCAUAUUUCAACAACAUGCCAAGACUUGAGAAACUGUAUAUGAAUGACAAUAAUUUCACAGGCACCCUCUCACUUUUUUUUCUUGAUAACAUGCCAUCUCUAAAGACUCUGGUUUUAAGUUACAACUCGUUGCAUGGAAACAUCCCACCUGAAGUUGGUAAUGAAUCCAGCCUGCAAGACUUGUACUUGAAUAAUAACCAAUUUACUGGGUUGGUGCCACCUGCGAUUUUCAAUCAGUCAUCAUUGAGAAGGAUUGAGUUGUCGUCGAAUGCUCUAUCUGGGAGUCUUCCGAAGGAUAUGUGUGAUCAUCUUGUUAAACUCAGGCUGUUCUAUAUAUCUGGGAAUAAGUUCACGGGUCCAAUUCCGUCAAACAUAUACAAAUGUCAGCAGCUUCGGUAUUUGUCAUUAUCCAUGAAUAAAUUUAAUAGCAGCAUACCACGGGAAAUUGGGAAUUUGACUCUUUUGAAGGAGUUAUUUCUUGGUCAGAAUGACUUGCAAGGUUCAAUUCCAGAGGAGAUAGGGAACCUGAAGAGGUUGCAGAAGUUGUCCAUUUUUGCAGCCAAUUUAGUAGGAAAUAUUCCUCAAAUCAUAUUCAACAUGUCUUCUCUAAGAUUUUUUGAUAUCAGUAACAACAGCUUGUCAGGAGUUCUUUCUCCGAAUGUCUACAUCAAUCUUCCCAAUCUUGAAGGACUGCAUAUUUUCAGCAAUCAGUUUACCGGACAAGUUCCACAUGGCUUUUGGAAAUUGAAAGGGAUUCGGAGGCUUAUGUUAUCACUUAAUAACUUUACAGGAAGCAUUCCUCCGGAGGUUGGGAAUCUAACACGCCUGAAAAAUCUCUAUCUUGGUCGUAAUCAGUUCACAGGAGCUAUUCCAGAUGAGAUCUGCUACCUUGAUCAGCUUGAGCACUUGAGUUUAAAAGAAAAUUUCUUCAGUGGAAAUAUUAGAUUCAACAUCUCAACACUUAAGAUGUUGGACUUAACUCGGAAUUUAUUUUCAGGGGAUAUACUUGCAGCGGUGGGUUUCUGGCUUCCCAAUCUUGAAGAACUAUAUUUGAGCGAUAACAAAUUCCAUGGAAGCCUGCCUAACUCAAUCAUCAAUGCUUCCAAACUCUCUACUAUAGAUGUAUCUAUAAACUCUUUUACUGGUCCCAUACCAUUUAUAAUUGGUAGAUUAGAACUUUUGGAGCGACUACAUUUCAGUCAAAACUAUUUCACCACUGAAGGUUCAGAAAUAGAAUUCUUGUCUUCACUGACAAAUUGCCGAAAGUUGAGGAUGCUCAGCUUUGCAAAAAACCCAUUGAAUGCAUUCCUUCCAGAUUCCUUAGGCAACCUCUCUACAUCUCUCGAAGUAUUUCAAGCAUUUGAAUGUGGAAUCAAAGGCAACAUUCCAAGUGGAAUUGGCAACUUGACUAGUUUGAGAACUUUAAGUUUGGACAUGAAUGAGUUAGAGGGUAACAUCCCUGCAAUACUUGGGAAGCUGGAAAAUAUUGGCCAAUUGUAUCUUGAAAGUAACAGAUUACAAGGAAAGAUUCCACGUGAAUUUUGUCUCUUGAAAAACAUGGGCGAAUUAUAUUUAAGUAACAACCGGCUCUCAGGAAAUAUACCACCAUGCUUGGGAGAUAUUGGUUCUCUUGCGUGGUUAUUCUUGGACUCCAAUACAUUCAACUCCACCAUACCAGCGACACUGUGGAGCCAUAAAUCGCUUGUGGUCCUAAACUUGUCUUUAAAUCUUUUAAUCGGUGAUUUACCAUCAAGUGUUGGAAGCUCCAAUUCACCUCUUAGCACGUUGGACUUGUCAUUUAAUAGACUUUCAGGUGCUAUUCCUGUUAACCUAGGUGGCUUCCGAAUGUUGAGUAAACUCUCCUUGGCCCAUAACAACCUGCAAGGUUCAAUUCCUGAGUCGAUUGGCACCUUAAUAAGUUUGGACUCUUUGGAUUUAUCUCAAAAUAAUCUGUCUGGUGUGAUUCCUAGAUCUUUAGAGGCACUCAGGUAUCUAGAACACUUAAAUCUGUCUUACAAUAUGCUACAAGGAGAAAUCCCAAGUAAGGGUCAAUUUGAUAACUUCACCGCUUCAUCCUUUAUGCAUAAUAAAAAUCUAUGUGGUGCACCAAGACUGGAAGUAUUGUCAUGCAGAAGCGGACAUCAUGAGUCGAGAUUUUUGUCUUCUCUCAAGUAUAUAUUACCCAUCAUCGCAUCAGCAGUCGGGUUAGCUUCCAUUGUUUAUUUACUGAGAAGACAUAAAACAAAGAUUAGAAAAAAUAUAGAGCCAUCUUUAGGUCAUCAACUUACAAGAUUAUCUUAUUAUGAACUUGUAAGAGCAACAGAAUCAUUUGACGAAAGCAACUUGAUUGGGCAUGGGGCUUAUGGGUCGGUGUACAAAGGGAAGCUCUCUAAUGGUGCAACUGUUGCAGUAAAAGUUUUCAACUUGCUCUCAGAGCGUGGGUCAAAGAGUUUCGAUGUUGAAUGUGGAGUACUACGCAAUAUUCGCCAUAGGAAUCUUGUUAGAAUCAUUAGUAGUUGCAGUAACUUGGAUUUUAGAUGCUUAGUUAUGGAAUAUAUGUCGAAUGGGAACCUAGAGCAAUGGUUGUACUCGCACAAUAAUCAUCUCAGUGUUGUGCAACGACUACAAAUAAUGAUCGAUGUUGCAUCCGCCCUGGAGUAUCUACAUCAUGGCCAGACGACGUCUAUUAUUCAUUGUGAUUUGAAACCAAGCAAUGUCCUACUUGAUAAUGAUAUGAACGCACGUGUUUGUGAUUUCGGUAUUGCCAAAAUGUUUGGUGAAGAAGAAUUUAUGCUAAGAACUACAACUUUGGGAACAAUAGGAUACAUGGCACCAGAAUAUGGGAUGGAGGGAAUAGUAUCUACCAGAGCCGAUGUCUAUAAUUUUGGAAUUCUAUUGUUAGAGACAUUCACAAGGAAGAAGCCCACUGAAGAAAUGUUUUGUGGUCAGACAAGUCUACGAAGCUGGGUACUUGAAGUAGGACAACAUUCGAUUUUUGAUGUAGUUGACAUGAAUUUAAUCAAUGGGGAAUUAUCUACCAAACAAGAAUCUCUAACAUCCAUUUUUAAUUUGGCAAUGGAUUGCACCUUUGAUUCAGCUUCUCACAGGAUAAACAUGAAAGAAACAGUGAUUAGGCUUUGUAAAAUAUACAAGAGUUUCGUGGCAAAUAAUUAGUCACAUGUAUUUGUCAACAUAACAUGCAUGUAAGUGUUUUCUUCCACAAAGAUUUCCUGAAACACAUUAUACCA